AUGGCAUUAGUGAGUCUCAUCCAAUUUGUGAUUGGUAAGCGCUUCUACAUUGCAGCUGGAAGAGCUCUUAGAAAUGGUUCUACAAACAUGGAUGUCCUGGUUGCAGUGGGAAAUACUGCUUCUUACAUUUAUUCUAUUUGUGCUCUUCUAUAUGGCAAGUAUUCGGAAUGUCUUGCCAAGGGAAAGACAUUUGAUGCUAUCAAGAAAUUAGUAGAACUUGCUCCUGCAACAGCUUUACUAGUUGUCAAAGAUAAAGAUCCUCAAUCAUGGAGUUCUGCUCCUAUCUACCACUCUCAAUGGCUUCAAACGACAAUAUCAGCCAUUUUUCAGCCUAUAAAACCCCUUAUCCUUCACAAGGAGAUCCCUCUUAUCCAAAAUUGCGGGUUUAUAAUCUGGGAUGUUGUCUUAUUUGUGGCCCGUAGGAGUUGCUCAAAGUCAAACAAACGUUAUUGGAAUAUUCAUAAGUCUGCAACUAGUUAUGCUGCAGUUUACGCUCACAAAAACCUGAAUUUGAAUUUAUUUUUAGAUCUGGAUGAGAAAUUGGAUGCUGUAAAGACAAUUUUAGAUGGUGACGAUUCUCCAAAAGAAUUCAUGCAUUGCAAAUGGAGAGAAGACAUUAUAGAGAUGCUUGAAGAUUUUGGCCAAUCUUACCGUGUAUUAGCCAUAGCAUAUAACCAACUGAAGUUCAAAACCUCUGAUGGUACCUUUCCGUCAGGAUCUUUAUCAUCUUCUGAUACAUCAAAAACCAUUUGUUCUAUCUGCCAUAAAAGAGCAAUAGGUCAAUUGAAGGAUGAAAAUCUCAAAGAGGGCUGGAACCAUCAUCCAAAAUAUUCCUCUGAGCAUUCCAAUAUCAAAUUUGAUCGUGGUAACCUUGGUUUUGAUCCUUCAAACAAACAUGGAGAUGAAUGCCAUGAAUUGUUAUCAGCAGGCCCAUGCAGCAUGGAACUAAAACCAGAACUUAUACACACUCAAAUGGAGGACAGAAUGACAAAAUUUUCGACCACUGAAGAUGCUAUAAUGAAGAUUGACGAUUUGGAAUUAAAUCAGAAAACUGAAGAUACAUCAAUGAUCAGUUUCAAAUUUGACAAUUUGUGGUCGACAUUGAAGUAUCAAACAAAACUAACACAGGACAAUCUGCAUCAGUUGGUGGAGCUGGUCCAGAGAAAUGAUGAAAAGAGGGAAACCAUCAGAAGGCUUCGACUAAAGGUGGAAACUUUGAAGCGCGAGAACAAGGCCCUCCAGAUUUCUUUAAGCCACUCCAAUGCUGGUUCAGAAUGUGAUCAACCACAGAUAUCAAAAACAGGAGGAAUAUCUACAAGCAAGCUGUAUUCUACACAACCAACCGUCGCUUAUGAAUAA